AUGGACGCCACGCCUGCCUACGAGAGGGCUCUCAAUGAGUCCCAGAUUCAUGAACAGCUUCCGAAUGAGAUUGCGGAACUCAUUCGCACAGCUUCUGGGACCCAGUACCUGAAUGCGCUUGCGGUUGGCGCUUCAAGGUCAGGAUGUACAGAAAAUUUCUUUUGCAUAUAUGAACCGAUUUUUGUGGACCUGGCUGCACGAUGGCUUUUGUCAGACUCUCAUCUGAACCAGAUCGAAGUUAUUUCCGCAUUUGCGCGAAUCUUACCCUUCGCGCCGUAUCUUCGACCCUUUGCAAGCCAAUAUGCCAUGUCUCGGGCUGGACCUUUGUCGGCGUUGGCUGCGUCCGACGAGCAAACACUAAUGCAGACGGAUGACGCUACGAUUCGCACCCUACUUUUAUCAAUCUUCCGACUCCUUUCAUACGACUUAGAGACCUUUUCGAAUGCCGUGUCGCCGUCCCGACUCCAGCUCCUUUUCCGACACCGAGACUCGUCCGUCCGAUACCUUGCAGUGCGAUGCUUUGCUCUAUAUGUGCGCGCAGCUGAUGCUGCCACGGAGAAGUUGGUCCGGGCAAAUAUCACCGGGGAGGCUUUUGAGGGCAUUUGGGAAGGCAUCACAAUCGAUUAUCGCUGCCUUGGCCUAUGGGAAGAACGCCGUUGGGACACCCUUGCCAAGAGGGUCGAGCUUGCGAGAUCCAAUCGUUCGAGCGUGGAAAUCCUAGUUCAGGUUGAGAGUCUACGAGAAUAUUUCACACCGCGAACUGCCGAGGUUUGCGGUGUUCUGAUUCCACGACUGAAUGACACGCUGCCCCCAUCGUCUUCAAUGGUGAAAACACCGACUGCUGUGGGAAACCUGCGGAAGGUCGCUUCAUCUUUGAACACUUCUAGUCCUUUGCUGUUGAUUGGUUUGCCAAACUCAGGGAAGACCUCACUAGUCAAUGACAUUGCGGCGACAAUGGGCCAAUCAGAAUCCAUGGUUACACUUCAUCUGAAUGAACAAACAGAUGCUAAAAGUCUUCUUGGAAUGUAUUCGACAUCCCCGACCACAGGAUCUUUUGCGUGGCAGCCGGGUGUGUUGACUAAGGCGGCAAGAGAAGGUCGCUGGAUCCUGAUUGAAGACUUUGACCGCGCUCCUUCUGAAGUCAUUGGUCUCAUCCUCCCUAUUAUAGAAAAAGGGGAAUUGACUAUCGCUAGCAGAAAGGAGCGAAUCAAGUGUGCUGAGGGAUUCAGAAUCAUUGCAACGAUGAAGUCUUCGUACAACAUCGCCGGUGAAGAGAUCGCCCCAAACACCACUAUUCUUGGGAGCCGGUUGUGGCAACGGGUGUCUAUCGAUUCCCUCUCCAUUGACGAGAUCCGCGAGGUGAUAACUCAAAAGUUUCCUCUUCUGGAGUCUCGGAUCCAGAUCAUCAUGAGCGUUUAUCAAAACCUCUGUUCCUCUUUUCACGGGAGUCUUGCGAUCAAAAGCUCCCAAGGCCGAACACCAGGUCUUCGUGACCUAAUCAAACUUUGCAGUCGACUGCACAAACGACUCCAGCGCCUAGGCGUAAAGACGGGUUACGAAGCUACCCCUGAAGGUGCCGACGAUGAAAUAUUUAUGGACUUCGUGGACAUCUUCCUCAGUUAUAUCCCCGAAAAGUCAAUGGCAGACUCCCUUGCUCUGGUCGUUGCGUCAGCCCUCCAAAUAUCGCCUCAGCGAGCGCAUUACAGCCUUCAUGAGCGAGUUCCAGCGUAUUCAGACCAGGGAAAUAGUCUUGUACUUGGAAGGGAGAUCUGCCGAAAAGUCAAGGUGCCUACUGGGUCAUUAUCCAAGAUGGCAUCUGCCUCAUCGCGCUUCGCCUCCACAAGAGCCGCUGUCAGUCUCAUGGAACAGGUGGCUGCUUCCGUACAAAUGGCAGAGCCUGUUCUUCUUGUUGGAGAGACUGGUAUUGGAAAGACAACAGUCAUCCAGCAACUGGCUACUCUUUUGCGGCAAAAGCUUACAGUAGUGAAUUUGUCACAGCAAAGUGAGAGUUCUGAUCUUCUAGGUGGUUAUAAGCCCGUGAACAUUCGUACUAUGGCUGUCCCUAUGCUUGAUGAAUUCACUUCGGUGUUCGAGUUGACUUUCUCAGCAAAGAAAAACCACAAAUUCCUCUCAUCCGUCACGAAGAGUGUUACCACAGGAAAUUGGGUGCGCUUGGUCAAUCUUUGGCAUGAAGCUGUUCGGUUAGCGGAGGGUGUUUUCAAAGCAGACAAAGGUCAAGAGAAAGAGGCCGAGGAAGGACAACCAGCCAAGAAGCGGAAACUCGAUUCACCGAAAUACCAGCAGUUGCGACAGAGAUGGGAAAGGUUCGCUGCGCAAUUGAAUGAUUUCGAAGCUCAAGUUUCCCAAGGCGAUGCCAAAUUCACGUUUGCUUUUGUCCAGGGCAAAAUCGUCAGAGCGCUGCGGAAUGGUGAAUGGGUCCUACUCGAUGAGGUCAAUUUGGCUUCGCCAGAUACUCUGGAGAACAUUGCCAGUCUUCUGCAUCAUGGUAGCGACGGCGCACCAUCCGUUUUACUUUCAGAAGCCGGUGAUGUGGAGCGGGUUUUCGGGCACCCCGAUUUCCGUAUCUUCGGUGCCAUGAACCCGGCAACAGAUGCAGGAAAGAAGGACUUGCCUCCUGGCCUUCGCUCUCGGUUUACUGAAGUAUACGUGCAUUCUCCGGACAGUGACCUUGACGAUCUACUAUCUUUGAUACAGAAGUAUCUUGGUGACCUGACAUUAGGCGAUUCCAGAAUUGUAUCGGACCUUGCACAUCUUUACAUGGAAACGAAGAAGCUUAGCAACGAGAAUAAGCUCACAGACGGAGCCGGGCAACGUCCACAUUUCAGCAUAAGAACUCUCGUCCGGGCCCUCAUCUAUGUGACCGACCAUGCACACAUUUAUGGGUUACGUCGAUCCGUUUUCGAAGGGUUCUCCAUGAGUUUCUUGACUGUUUUGAGUCAGGAAUCGGAAAGGCUUCUGGCGCCUCUACUGGAGAGACACAUAUUCACCAAUGCGAGGAAUGUUAGAGCGCUUCUUGGGCAAACCCCCAAGCCCCCCAGUGAUGGGCAUUCUUAUGUGCAAUUUAAACACUACUGGAUGCGGCAAGGGAACACCAUCCCCGAGGAACAGCCUCAUUACAUCAUUACGCCUUUCAUUGAGAAGAAUUUGAAGAAUUUGGUUAGAGCAAGCUCAACUCGCCGAUUCCCAGUUUUGUUGCAGGGUCCGACUUCUGCUGGAAAAACCAGUAUGAUUGAGUAUCUGGCAAAGGUCUCCGGCAAUAAAUUUGUUCGAAUCAACAAUCACGAACAUACAGAUCUUCAAGAAUAUCUGGGGUCAUAUGUUUCCGAUGAGGACGGAACUCUGCGUUAUCAGGAAGGUAUUAUGGUCGAAGCAUUGAGGAACGGAUACUGGAUCGUCCUAGAUGAGCUGAACUUAGCGCCAUCGGAUGUCCUGGAAGCAUUGAACAGACUUCUUGAUGACAACCGUGAACUAUUCAUACCCGAAACCCAGGAGGUGGUUCACCCGCAUCCGAAUUUCAUGCUCUUUGCGACGCAAAAUCCCGCUGGUCUCUAUGGUGGCCGGAAAGUGUUAUCCCGCGCUUUUCGCAAUCGUUUCCUCGAGCUUCACUUUGAUGACAUCCCGGAAAGUGAACUCGAAUUCAUUUUGAAGGAGCGUUCUCAGAUUGCGCCUUCAUUUUGCACUCGAAUUGUAUCCGUAUACCGGAAACUCUCCCUCCUCCGCCAAGCAAACCGACUUUUCGAACAGAAGAACAGUUUUGCCACCCUGCGUGAUCUCUUCCGAUGGGCACUCCGACGAGCAGACGACCGUGACCAAUUAGCAAUCAACGGCUUCAUGCUACUUGCGGAGCGUGUUCGGAAUCCACAAGAGCGGGCGGCUGUGAAGAGCGUGAUCGAAGAGGUCAUGAAGGUCCGUAUCGAUGAGGAUGUGGUAUAUAGUGCUUCAGAGCUAGACAAGCGUGCGCCUCUUCUUAAGACCCUUGCUCCUGGAAUUGUCUGGACGAAGGCGAUGCGAAGGUUAUUCAUCUUGGUCUCCGUUGCACUUGAAAACAACGAGCCAGUUCUACUUGUUGGAGAAACUGGUUGCGGAAAGACCCAGCUUUGCCAGGCCGUUGCUGAAGCUUACAGGAAGCAAUUGCUCAUUGUCAAUGCCCAUGUGAAUUUGGAAACCGGUGAUCUUAUAGGAGCCCAGAGACCUGUAAGAAACAGGUCCGCCAUCGAACAAGCUUUGCUGAAUGAUCUUCGGUCGAUGCUUCCUUCAGAAAAUGUGGAGUCAAGCUCAAUCGAGGAGUUAAAGCAAGCUUUCAGCGCAUUGAGCGCCGACGAGCUGCAAACGCGCGAUCCGGAGACAGUGCAACGAAUCGUGAAAAACAUUGCCCGCGUCAAUGCUCUGUUUGAAUGGUCCGAUGGAAGUUUGAUUACUGCCAUGAGAACGGGACAAUUCUUCCUUCUAGACGAGAUCUCACUGGCUGAUGAUUCGGUGCUGGAAAGAUUGAACAGUGUCUUAGAACCUCAUAGAUCGAUUCUCCUUGCAGAAAAGGGCCCGGUCGAUUCAAUGGUGGUCGCCGAUGAUGGAUUCCAGUUCCUUUCAACCAUGAACCCGGGAGGAGAUUAUGGAAAGCGUGAACUCUCAGCAGCCUUGAGAAACCGAAUGACUGAGAUAUGGGCGCCCCAACUGUCUGAAGAUGAAGACAUUCUCCCCAUUCUCCAAAUGAAACUUGAGAUGAAAUCGGAAGAUGUCCCUAAGGGCAUGUUGCAAUUUGCGAAAUGGUUCAAGUGGACAUUCCAGAACUCGACGACUGAAUCGCUUUCUAUCCGUGAUCUUCUCGGAUGGGUCGAUUUCGUCAACAAAUGCCAGACUACCGACCCUCUAUUCUCGAUCGUGCAGGGAGCGGCGAUGGUUUUCAUAGACACUAUCGGUGCGAACCCGGCAGCGAUGCUCGCAUCAACGUUGCACGAUCUUGAAGGGAAUCGACGACGAUGCCUUGUCAAGCUACGAGAGCUCUUUAAUGUGGAUGCCGAGGGCAUUUAUCUCCAGCGCUCAACCAUCGAUAUAGAGAAUGGUUCUCUACGCAUUGGCCCGUUCAUCCUGGAAAUAAACGGCCAGACAACGCCAGACCCUGAAUUCAUUAUGGACGCUCCUACCACCAUUGCCAACUCGGUUAGGAUCGCCCGUGGGUUACAAUUGCCGAAGCCCAUUCUCCUCGAAGGCAGCCCAGGUGUUGGAAAAACCACGCUUGUGACAGCUCUUGCCAAAGCAUUGGGAAAACCUCUCACUCGGAUAAAUCUGUCUGAACAAACUGACCUUACAGACUUGUUUGGAUCAGAUGUGCCGGUGGAAGGUGGUGAUGUUGGUCAGUUUACCUGGCGCGACGCUCCUUUCCUACAAGCAAUGCAGCGUGGUGACUGGGUUCUCCUGGAUGAAAUGAACCUUGCCUCCCAGUCUGUUCUUGAAGGUCUAAAUGCCUGUUUGGACCAUCGUCAAAUGGUUUACGUUGCAGAGCUUGAUCAAACAUUCAAAAGACACCCCGACUUUGUCCUCUUUGCUGCGCAGAACCCGCAUCAUCAGGGUGGUGGCAGAAAGGGACUUCCGGCCUCUUUUGUCAACCGAUUCACAGUUGUGUAUGCGGAUAGCUUCACCAACGAUGACCUGAAGAGGAUAUGCGCAAAGCUUUUCCCCGGAAGCCCUUCAGCACAAACCGACGGACUGGUAGAUUUUGUGUCGAGGUUGAACACAGCCAUUGUUCAAGAACGAAGAUUAGGAGCAGUUGGAGGCCCGUGGGAAGUCAAUCUACGAGACAUUCAAAGAUGGCUCCAACUAGCAGACCGUGGCAAUUUGCAGAUCCCGGCGAUCAAUUUCCUUGAUAUCAUCAUCUCUCAACGAUUUAGAUCUCAAGAGGAUCGACAGCUGGUCGCUCAAAUUUACAAGCAGGUCUUCAAGGAUACUCCAACAGCGGCCAAGAACUACUACCACAACCUCACGCCAGACUACAUGCAAGUUGGUUUUGGGACAAUGCGAAGGGAUCUGUUCCUCCAGCAAACCCCUGAACCCCAGAUGAGAAUACUCCCGCGAGAUCUUUCGGUUCUCGAGUCUCUCAUGCUAUGUAUUGAGCAAUCAUGGCCCAGUAUUCUGGUAGGAUCUUCUGGCUGUGGCAAAACCACUUUGAUCCGAAAGCUCGCGGCCGUAAAUGGUGCUAGCCUGGUUGAGUUGGCCCUGAGUGCCGACACCGACACAAUGGACCUGAUCGGUGGCUUUGAGCAAAUUGACCACAAGAGAGAGGUGUCGUCGCUGAUGCAAGAUAUCUCGCUGUUGCUCCGACAAUAUAUCAUUUCUGCCUACUCCUCGGGAAGCGGCUUUGACGGAGUCCCCGCCUUUCUUCAGCUCUUUGAGGCCCUACAGGAAACGGAAACUUCCCUGGACAACAUUUGCUCAUCGCUCACGACACUAUGCCGGCUUUAUCCGGAACAAUCCCUUGAAGUCCUCCUUCUCCGCGCUCAGGAUUUGUUGGAGAAGUCAAAACAGUCAGACAAAAUGAAAGUGGGCUUUGAAUGGACAGAAGGUGUCUUAACUCAGGCCGUGCAACACGGCCAUUGGGUUAUCCUUGAUAAUGCCAACCUUUGCAACCCAUCUGUUCUGGAUAGGUUGAACUCUCUUACCGAGCCCAAUGGAGCUUUGAUCCUCAAUGAGCAACGGACCGAAGAUGGAUCUGCCCGCGUUAUUAAGCCCCAUCCAAACUUCAGGCUAUUCUUGACAGUUGACCCUCGUCAUGGAGAACUUUCACGCGCCAUGAGAAACCGAUGUGUUGAGGUUUGCUUCCUGCCUCAAGAAGAUGACAACAUUGUGGGCACAUUCACGCCUUCCUAUACAUGCCAGUCUUCCCUAUAUCGUCUUCGCUCUAUCUGGAACUUCGAUUCCUCAGUCACCUCUGAAGACCUAGCGCGGAUAGCUUAUGAAGUGUGUUUGGACCACCUUUCGAUUGGAGACCUUGCGUAUCUCCAAAAGAACCUCAACUUCUUCCUGCCGUACUGUUCGAAUUCCGUGAAAGAGUUGCUCUCGUCAAUGCUUCCUCAAUACGUGUCCGCUGUGCAUGAUAAUUCGGGCUGGAAGCCUCUUAACCAUUUCAACGGCUCGAUCGCACUUGGGGGUGCUUCCUUGUCGAUUCAGGGACAAUUACAGCCUCUUCAUCCUUUGGUCAAUGAGCCACUAGCUUCGAUCUUGUGUGAUGAUGCGUCCUUCACUCCCCUCGCAAUCCUGGCCCAAUUACAAGAGUCUAAGCUGGAUUUGCAUCACUUAAGGCAGAAGCUGCAACAAGCAGACGAGUCAGGAAAGUAUUUGAAACCGAGUCAAAUGAGCCGGUUGGAGCGGUCUCUAGCUUCUGGACGCAUUCCUGCUCUCAUGAAAGAUGCAACUCAGCCAGUUGGCUCUUUCUUGUCGGAUUGUGGGCAAGCAGUGUACGACUUCAUCCAGGGUUUGGAUCAAGACAUUCUUCACGCUCCCCAAAUUCUCCCCAUCCUUCAAGCAAUUAUCAACUUCACCAUGGAUGUCUUUAGACUAACUGCAGCAAAUGAGGUCGAUGAAGGUGAGUUCCAGGUGUAUCUUCAAAUUGGUAGAGAGCUAUCUGCCUCAUUGGCAAAUUCUUGGGCCCUUUUGAAGCCAUUGGCGUUUGCUCUAUCCCAAGCGCUUGACCGAUUCCAGGAAAACUGGGCAUUGAAAACCGGGCUCAGCAUGCAGAGACUCUGGGAAUCGUGGAGGCCUGCAACAUCCGCCACGCAAAGUCAAUUGAAGUCUAUUCUGGAUCUGGAGGCUGUUGCUUCUGAGUUUACUGACAUUGCCAUCAAAACUCGUCUUGAUUUAUCGAAAUUAAGCCGAGUUCGCGACUCUCUUAUUAACGCGCAGCACUCUAUUCUCGUUGACGGCGCAGACGAGGGAGAACUUGUGCAAGGUCUCAAACAGAUGGUAGCGGAACUGGCAAAUGUCACACAAAACCGCGAGACAGCUCAGAAUCCAUACUUCCUGGAUGAGUUUGAAGCUCUUUGUCAAUACCAUGACUUAUCUUCUGUGUCUCAAAACAAGGGCGGUAAUCAGGUUAUCCAAUCUGUGCUUCCAUUACUGGCUGGCCGCCCUGCCCGGCCUCUGGAUGUUUCGAUGUUCCAGACUCCAGUUCCCAGUAUCCUCCAUAGGCUAUCACUGUUCUCAGGAUCUGGACAUUCCUCGUCAUUCGGCACUGCUAUCAAUGGCACCUUCUCUUUGGAUCUACUCAAGAAAUUGACAUUUGUCAAUCUCACGAGCUUAGGUCAAAUGGAUUCCCUAGAAGUGGAGAAGCAGACCCUAUCCAAGAGCUUGACCUUGUCUUCACAUGAGAUUGCCAUGGAUCAGUUUAGCACGCUUAGGCGAGUGCUGUCUGAACUUACUCGAGAGCUUAUUACAGUACACAAGGAGUUCUUUGAGCCGCAGUCGUUUGAGCAAUUGGUUUCUACAUUGGAAUCAAUCGCUAAACAAGGCAUUUCUCCUGGCUCCCAGUUGCUCAAGGUUCACCUGGAGAAGAACCUACCAGGUGAUCAUUACUUCAAAGCUUUUGCGGAACGAGCACUUCCAACACUUCUGGUGUCUCUGUCGACUGAUUCCGUGCAUGCAGAGGAUGCUGCAAACACCGGGGCUGCUGUGGUUCAGUUGGCUGUCAUUCUUUUGCGACUUUUCGUCCCAGACAAGCCAUUUGAUCCCUCUCUGAGCCUGGUUGUUCAAAGAGGUCGCCACUCACAGCGCACCUCUGAGCUUACAACUAAGGCACAAGCAAUCUCCUCGUUUGAACUCGGCUUCUCCGGUCAGGCUAGGAACAUACGGCACGAUAUUCUGCAGGAACAAUUGCGUGCCCUUGGCUCGGCGCCUCCCCCAUCUUCUAUCACUCGACCACAGGUCUCGGAGAUGGGCUUGCUCCAUGCAGAAUUCUCAAGUUUAGUGCGGUCUGUUCUUGAUAGACAUCCCGAAAAUAUUGUGAACGCACCGAUCGAGAAGGCAUCAGAAAGCUUGGUGGGAUUAUUGCGUGAUAACAUCCACCAGCUAAGCCAACGUCUAAGCACGAACUACAGAUCUUAUGAUGACCUGACGGUUCCUGUUGUUCGUUUCCUUCAAAUCUUGGAUCUCGGGCUUUCUCUUGCCUCCAGCAGAUUCCAAUCACCAAACGAUAUGCAGGCUGUUCAAACCAUCAGCGAAAGCACACCCUUCCUUGGAGGUCGUGCUCAUCCCAUUUCGGCUUUCGAAAGUCAAAUCACCGAUUCCAACCCCAAGCGUGCUAUCGAUUUGUGGUUCCACAAAUUAUCAUCAUUGAGAGUGGCCGCGAAUGCGGAUGCAACUGUUCUUUCUACUCAGGCGGGACGUAACGCUCUUUACAAGCUGUUUGAUCACUUCCAUGUGUUGUGGAAAGCAAAAUUGCGGGAGGAUCAGGAAGAAGAGGCACAGAGGUCGAACUUAUACCAUUACAAGGGCUCCUGGGAGGAUGGCGAGGAAGUUGACGAGAAGGAACUCAAUGAGCUGUUCCCUACUUAUGAUAACGACACAGCUGAAGAAGACGCUAAACCCACCCGCAUUGAUCCCAAGGCAAUCUCUGUUCGACUUGCCUCCCUGCACGCCAAGCUGUUCCGAGUCGAAAAUCCCGCGAGCGUUCUGACAACUUACGUCAAAGAAUCUGCUUCGUUGCUUGGUUCUAUCUGGUCUGAGAAGGAUGGUUCGACAUCAUAUGUUCAUCCUAAAGAGCAUAUCUCCGGCUUACUCCUGCUGUUGGAGGACGCCAUCAACAUCGAGACAGAUUCCGCGAACAACUACAAUUUCUAUACCGAUGCAAACAUCGGAGAAGCCAGGAAACUUGUCUCUUUGGCACUGUCCACGCAAUCUCGAUUCCUCCAGAUCCAGAAAUCUUGGCCCGACCAUGCUGUUCUCGCAGACGUUAUCAUGUGUUGCAAUGAAAUUCUCCAAUUCAAGCACGCCGAGCCUGUUGCGAAGUUCAUUACCAAGCUUGAGAAGCUGCAUGGACUGGUUCAUGAGUGGCAGCUUGUUGCAAGCAGAGAGUUCUCGGCGGUAACUGUAUACGAUGAGAUUACGGCCUUGACUAUCAGUUGGCGACGAAUUGAGUUGUCCACUUGGGCUAGGCUGUUGGAGAUCGAGAGAGAGAAAUGUGCGCAAGAUGUGGGCUCGUGGUGGUUUGUUGCCUAUGAAGCAAUCAUCGGUGCCCCCAUUCGCAUCGCGGAAUCUGGACCAGAGGAAAUGAGCAACCACAUUCUCGAGGUCAUCUCAACAUUGGAACAAUUCUUCCUUUCAACCACCUUGGGCCAGUACAGCGCACGCCUGCAACUCAUCAAGGACUUCCGGUCUCUGCUCCUGCUUUACGUUGAAGACCUUCCUUCCCUGAAGCAACUCACCUCCGCUUUGGACAACUUCAUUCAGCGUUACACGCAGUACGAGCCUGUGGUGAACAAGCUUCUGCACGAUAGAAGAGUGGCCCAUGAGAAGGAAAUUAAGGAACAAAUCCAGCUAGCCAGCUGGAAAGACACGAACAUUGUUGCUCUCCGAGACAGUGCCCGACGAUCGCACUCCAAACUGUUCAAAUUGGUCCGCAAGUAUCGGGAAAUUCUCAAUCAACCAGCUCAGCAGAUUCUGGAGCAGGACAUGCCAGAGGAUAAUGAGGAGCCCAAGCUCUCCAACCAGAGGCCGGACUUGUCUUCCGCAAGCUUCCCAGGAGCUCUUGAGGUGUGUCAAACGGUUGACAAAGCCUGGGCCAAUCGCCCGCCCAGAUUCAGGGAUCCGAACAGUACUGUGGGCAACAUGACACACAUGUACAUGUCCAUUCCCGCCGAGUUCGAUAUCGCAGGUGAACUCGAGGGCUUUGUCAAGUUCUUCAUUGAGAGUAUCCAUGAGUUCAGGACCCAAACACCCAAGGUUUUGACCGAGGAGAACAAGGAUGGAGUGCAACACCUCAAGGUCCAAAAGCGUCGCUUCUACGCGGACACUUUGCGCCGGAUCAUGGAAAUGGGUGUCAAGCGCAGUGCCAGCAUGAACUUGAUGGAAACGCAAGCAUCCGUGUCCCAAGUUCUGGCCACCAGCCCAUCAUUAGGAGGCAAUACUGUGCAGAAUGGCAUCACGAAGAGUGCCGACCUCUACUUCCAUCGAUUCUUGGAUCUACUCCCUCGUGUCCGUCAGGCAUCGCGCAAUUACUCUGAAGAUCUCAGUAACGUGGAGAUUUCAAGGAGCUCGGGAUCCAUCGAGCACUUGCUGUUCUUGAUUCGCAAGCAAAGAACCGUAAUCUCGCCCGCACUCUUUGAUCUCGAGGCCCUCCAGUCAACGCUUGUCAAGACUGCAAACAUGUGGACCCUGGGCUCAAAGUCGAUCUUCAAGCCGAAUGCCGAGUUUUCGGAACAGAAGCAGGACGUCUCAAGGGCUGUCUCGUGGUUGGUGCCUAUUCUUGGGCUAGCCGCGACAAUUGUGGAACUCCACACCAAAUUCUCUGGUAUCGACUCUCUGGCCGUCUCUAAUGGCUUGCGCUCCUGGAAAGAGACCUUUGACGGCUUGCGUAAGUCGUUCAACAGUCUUCCGGAUCUACCAAACGGUGUUACCUCUCAGGACCAUAAGGGAGUUCUCGAGGAGGCUUCAUCCUCUUUCAUCGAGCUGAAUAAUCAAAUCCUCCAGUGGACUGAAGCUCGUCCUGAUCUCUCCUUUGCCUUGUCCCAGGUAACCCCUUGGACCAACGUCAAUGUCCACUCAAUCGAGGGGGCGCAUGCUACCGAGGGAUUGGCGAUCGAGGAGUUUGACGGAGGCCUUCUUGCAGCAGUUGACAAGAUCCUCAUCGGCAUCCAGAAACUCAAGGAGGCACCAACUCUGGUCGCAUCGCCCGGGCUGCUGGCGCGAAGUGACGAAUUCUUCAGCAAGGCAGUCAAGGCCAUUCAUCUGGCCGAUAUCACUUCAUCACUGGACUCCGUCCUGGCAACGCUUCAGCAUGUUCAAGCGCGCGCAGAUUCCGGUCUUGCGUUCGCAAGCGCAUUGCUCGCCAGUCUGCUUCCCAUCAUGAACAAGUACUGUCACAUCUGCAAGGACCUUCUGGAUCGGUUCAUCACCGUCCACCGUGAAACGUGCAAGAUGUCGUAUGUGCUCGCGAAGUCCUUCAACCAGAUCGCGUCUGAAGGAUUCUGCACCCCCGCAGAGGCGUCCGGGGAAGAAAGCAAGUCCGGACAGUUGGAAAGCGGAACUGGUCUUGGUGACGGCGAAGGUGCUGAAGACAUCAGCAAAGAUGUCGGGGCCGAUGAAGACCUGUCGGAGCUCGCCCAGGAACAGAACGAAAAGCCCAACGAGGAGAUGGACAAGUCAGCGGACGCAGUGGACAUGGACCAAGAAGAUAUGCAAGGCGAGGAAGGAGAGCGCAAGGAAGACGACGAUGAAGAAAAGAACGAGAGUGGAGACGAAGAGGAAGAUGGUGAUAUUGAUGAGGAAGUAGGAAGCGUGGAUGAUCUUGAUGCUUCGGCAGUUGAUGAGAAGAUGUGGGAUGGCGCCCACGACGAGCAGCAAAAGGAGACCGAAAACGAACAAGGCAAGGGCCAGUCUGAGUCCGACGAGCAGACUGCGGCGCAGGAAGAGAAGAAGGAUGAGAAGGGAGAGGAGGGUGAGAAAAAGGAAGGCGAAGAGGAUGAGGAAGAGGAGGAGGAGGAUGAAGAAGCCCCCGAGGAAGAGGGCGAGGCCGUUGGACGUGAAGACAUGGAUGUCACAGAUCCGCAUGCCAAGGAGGAAGAGGCUCUUGACCUUCCAGAUGAGAUGCAACUUGAUGGCGAAGAGAAGGGCGAUGAAGGCCAAGAAAGUGAUGACGGCCUUGACGAUGACCUGUCGGACAUGGGCGCUGCUCCUGCAGAGGAGGAGCAGCCGAACCUUGAUGGUCAAGACGACAACCAAGAGAAUGAUGGCAUGGAGCCGGGCGAUGAAGAGCAAGAACAGGAUGAAGGCGAGGGAGAAGGAAAUGAGGACGACAACAUGGCUGAGGCUGAGGCCGAUGGCGAAGAAGAAACCGAGAAGCCCGGAGAGGAACCCGAAGAAACGCCCCAAGAUGACCUUCUCCUCCAGCGCGACGAGAACGAGAUGAAUGGAGAAGAUGUGGCACCUAGCGAGGCUGUCAAUGGCGGACUGGGCGCUGACCAGGACCAGAAUCAAGAAAAGGGCGCAUCCGGUAAUGCACAGCAAGAGAACGGCGCCGCCGACCAAUCUGCUGAGCAGCAACAACAAACCGGUGCUUCUAAAGACGGGGAAGACAGCGAGCGACACAGAGAUGCAGGAGGUGCCGACGACUCCAACCCUGAGGACCCUCAGCUGCAGGCAUUCAAGAAGCUGGGUGACAUGUUGGAAGAAUGGCAUCGCAAGCAGAAAGAGAUCAAAAACGCUUCGAACCAGGAAGACGAGGAUUCUCAGAAUCCUCUGCCUCAGGAUACCGACAUGGCAGAUGCAGAUUUCGAGCAUCUCGCGGACCAAGACGAUGUUGCCGAUACUCAAGCCCUUGGUCAAGCAAAUGAGGAUCAAGCGAAGGCCCUCGAUCAGAACAAGGGCGUUGAGUCGGACAUCAAGCCUGGUGAGAACGAGCCUUUGCCGGACUCAGAUGAACCCCAAGAGCUUCCAGGCAAUGAGUUGGAGGACGAAAUGCAGCUGGACCAGGGUACUGCGUCUGCCGAAGGACAAACCGCAGGCGCGAUGAUUCCUGACAGCUCGCGCACCCAGGAGCGCACCACUGACGCUGCCGGCCAACAAGAAGUCAACGAGGAGUUGGAUGAAGUAGACGCACAUCUCGCCGCCAUCCACCUAUCCUCCACCCUCCCUCCUCUCACUCCACGAGACGAGGCCCAAAAACUUUGGUCUCACUACGAAUCCGUCACCAACGACCUCUCCCUCUCUCUGACCGAACAACUUCGCCUGAUUCUCGCCCCAACCCUGGCCACGAAGCUGCGCGGUGACUUCCGCACGGGUAAACGCCUGAACAUCAAGCGCAUCAUUCCGUACAUCGCGUCGCAAUACAAACGCGACAAGAUCUGGAUGCGCCGAUCCAUCCCCUCCAAGCGCAACUAUCAAAUCAUGCUUGCUGUCGACGACAGCAAGUCGAUGCUGGAGAGCGGAAGUGGGCAGCUUGCUUUCGAGACGCUGGCGCUCGUGUCGAAGAGUCUCAGCAUGCUCGAGGCCGGCGAUCUCUGCGUGCUCGGAUUCGGCAGCGAAGACCACGUCCGUGUUGCGCAUGACUUCGGCAAGCCGUUCUCGUCGGAAGCCGGUAUGCAGGUCUUCCAGCACUUCAGCUACCAGCAGACCGGCACCAACGUGCGAAAAUUGAUCGCCGACUCGAUCGCCUUGUUCCGCGAAGCUCGCUGGAAGCAGUCUCCUGGAGGCGGCAAUGCCGAUCUCUGGCAGCUGGAGCUCAUUAUCUCCGAUGGUAUAUGCGAGGACCACGACACUAUUCGCCGCCUUGUGCGCCAGGCUCAGGAGGAGCGGAUCAUGAUCGUGUUCAUCAUCGUGGAUGCCGUCAAGGGCAGUUCCAUUCUGGAUCUUAGCCAGGCCAGCUUCGAAGCAGACACUGAGAGUGGAACUGGAGAGAUGAAGUUGAAGAUGAAACGGUAUCUGGAAGGAUUCCCCUUCCCUUACUAUCUGGUUGUGCGCGAUGUUAAGGAGUUACCGGCUGUUUUGGCUACGGCGUUGAAGCAGUGGUUUGCAGAGGUUGUUGAUGUUUCCUCUUAG